CAUUAGAAAGCCUGCGGAUAGUCGACUCGUGUUCUUUUUCUAGCUGUUGCCAGGACUUUGGUUUUUUUACAGGUUUAUAUCUUGAUGAAUAUCCAGGUGCGCUUUUUAUCCUAAAACAUCCAAAGGAAUGGGGUUACUCUGAACAUCUGACUCUAACAAAGUCCCUGCUGAACUCUUACUGCCAAAUGAAUCUACCAUGUUUUGAAAUCAUCUACGUCUGGUUGCACAGCCAGUAACGUCUGUAUCGAAAUCAUUUCCAGCUUCCUCCGUUUAACAGCACUCUUCCAGUGGCAAAGUGUUUCCCAAACAGGGUAGUAUUUCCCACCUCUUCUUGCUACGGGAUAUUUAUAGCCGAGUCUUGUGUUAACUCAGCUGCCAUGCUUAUCUGUGUGUGUGUGUGUGUGUGUGAAUGUCCAUGCCAAUCUAUUUCAGAUGGUAGCUUCACCCUCUCAGUGACAGUGAGACUGUGCGCCUUGCUUUUGGCCUCUUGGUUUUUUUCCGGAGUUUGACACAUACAAUACUUUCCUUGGAUGUAUUUUUCCCCCCGUAGAGGAAGCCAUCGCAAGGUCCACAGUGUCACUGUUUCCUUUUUCUUUGCUCCACUUUGUGUCCUCCUUAGCAUCACACCUGGCUGAGAUCUCCCUGCCUUCACCCCUCGUCCCGUCAUGGCGCUCUCCUCACGCUUAAAACUCUGGGAACAGAAGAUCAAGGAGGAGAAGAAGACACCAGCUGCCGCCGCCGCACAGCCUCCUCCUCCUCUCUCCGCCGUACCGGGAGGAUUCCUCAAACAGCUGGUGAGGGAGACCGAGAAAGAGACACGCCACAAAGAGCCAGAGCUCAAAGAGGAGAAGGCGGUGAGAUCUCACUUCAAUGGGUGGGAUUCUGCUGGAAAAACCCAAGUGGUGAUCACUGCAGAGCCAAAUGACAUCCAGCUCCAUCCUCUCUGGACAUCAUGGCCCAGGAAACUCAGCGACAACCUGGUCCAGAAUUUCUUACUUCCCGACCAAACUCCACCGAUACUGGAAGCAGAGAUGGCACUUCGAGCAGAGCAGCUGGUGAACGGAGAACGGGGCCGCCACACCGCACUGACAGAGAAGAAAACGUCCUCACCCAGGAGGAUAAUGUCACCCGAAAACCCAAAAAGUCCGAGAAGCGACUCCAAGUCCACCACUCCAGAGGUCAACAACCAGGAACAUUCGCCCAGCCCCAGCACAGAUAAAGCUAAAUCUCCAGCUCCACCAAUUCAAAAAGAAGUGAAGAAGGAAGAAGUAAGGGUAAAACAGGAAGUGAGGCAAGAGCCUGAGGGUCAACUCACUGUAACCCGUAUAAGAGAGGAGCCCAAGGUGCCAGUGAGGGAUGUGUGGUAUGAAGCUGGUAAGGUGUGGUACGCUCACAAAGAUGGAUAUACACUCGCCACUCAGAUGAAGCCGGACGAGGGCACACCGGAGCUCCCUGACGGCAGGGUGAGGGUUCGGCUGGCCUCAGAUGGAUCCGUCCAUGAUGUGACCCAGUAUGAGAUUGAAAAGCUGAACCCUCCUGAGCUGGACCUGUGUGAGGACUUGAGCGACCUUGUGAGCGUGAACGAGUCGAGCGCCCUUCACACUUUGACCAGUCGAGCUAAAGGAUAUCUACCCCUGACCCACGCUGGGCCCAAUCUGCUGGCACUGUGGCCUCCUCUGUCCUCACCAGCCAAGGGGCUUCGGAGCAGACGCUGGGAGUCCUGGGAAGCCCCUGGCCCACUGCAGGCUCUGGUGAGGAGGGUGUACGUGUCCAUGGUGGGUCAGCGGAGGGACCAGACUCUGGUGGCUUUGGGCCGCAGUGGCACAGGGAAGACCACUUCCUGUCAGUCAUUUUCCCAGGAGCUGCUCAAACAAGCGGGAACAGCGGGAGGAAGCCUUACCUUAGAGCGUCUGCAGGCAGUGUUUACAGUGCUGCGCUCUUUCGGGUGUGUGAGCUCGUCUCACAGUGAAGCCUCGACUCGAUUCGCUAUGGUGCUGUCGCUGGACUUCAACCACGCCGGACUCGCUGCUGCCGCACAUCUGCAGACCAUGCUGUUAGAGAAAUGGAGGGUGUGUCGGAGGCCGGAGGGAGAGAGUAACUUUCUGGUUUUCUCCCAGAUGCUUGCAGGCCUCAGCACAGACAUGAGGACUGAAUUGCAGCUGCACCAGUUAAAGGAACACAACUCAUUUGGAAUCACAUGCCCAACCAAGGUGGAUGAAAAGCAGAGAGCUUCAGUGGGUUUUGGGAAACUGCUCGCCGCCAUGAACACUUUGGGAUUCUCAGCGGAUGAGCAGAAGGCCAUUUGGCAUGUUUUAGCAGGAAUAUACCAUCUUGGUGUCGCAGGAACAUGCAAAGUGGGCCGUAAGCAGUUUAUGAGUUUUGACAGCGCGCAGACGGCCAGCGCCAUCCUGGGUUGUGAGGGAGAGGAGCUCCACACUGCCGUCUUCAAACACCACCUGAGGCAGUUACUGCAGAGAGCGACCGGAGGCAUCAGAGAGCGACGCGCCGCAGAUGAACCAGAGGAAGGUCCAAAACUGAGUGCUGCUCAGUGUGUAGAAGGGAUGGCGGCUGGUCUCUAUGAGGAACUCUUCACCACUAUUGUGUCUCUCAUCAACAGAGCGCUGCACUCUCAGCAGCUGACGCUGGCCUCUGUGAUCGUGGUGGACACACCGGGCCUGAGGAACCCCAGACACAGCGGCGAUGACCGGGCCGCCGGCUUUUCCGAGCUCUGUCACAACUAUUUACAGGAGAGACUGCUGGAACUUUACUUCAGUCACACGUUCACACAGACGCUGGAGCGAUACACACAGGAAGGAGUACGUGUAGAUUUCACAGCCCCUGAGACGAGCCCGUCAGAGGUCGUGUGUGCUGUUGACCAGCCAGGACUGCAGGUUCGAGCACCAGAAGGCGACUCUCGAGGUCUCCUGUGGGUUCUGGAUGAAGAGAUGGUCACUCCUGGUUCCACCGAGAGCACGGUUCUGGAAAGAGUGUGUCAGUACUUCAGCGGCACAGUGCGCCAGUGUGAGCAGCCUCUGCAGUGUGAGAUCGCUCACCUGAUGGGUUCGGAUCCGGUCCGCUAUGAUCUCUCAGGCUGGUUCAGUCAGGUCCAGAACAAUCCAUCUGUGCUUAACGCCAGCUCCCUGCUGCAGAACUCCUCAAUUGGAGCGGUGAAGGCCCUGUUCGGUCCGCGGGCGUCCGUGCCCCCUCUCUGCCGGGGUUUGGGUGGCGUGGAGGGCGGCUCUCAGCGAUCCCUGCAGAGGAGCGGCACUGUGCGGAAGACUCUGAGUGGAGGGAUGGCGGCCCUCAGGAGACAUUCCCAGUGCAUUGCCGUCAAACUGCAGGCGGAUGCUCUGGUGAAUCUGAUUCGGCGAGCGCGGCCAGUCUUCCUGCAGUGUUUGAGUGCUAAGACAGAUGGCUGUGGCUUUGAUGUCCCAGCACUGCGUGUACAGCUGCACUCCACACACCUGCUGCCGGCACUGCAGCUGUACCGAACAGGCUACCCCGAGCACAUGUCCCUGGGUGAUUUCCGCUGUCGUUUUCAGGCCCUCUCUGCUCCCAUAAUGAAGCGAUACGGUUCUGUCUUCAUUACCCCAGACGAGAGGAAGGCCGUGGAGGAAUUAUUGAUUGAUCUGGAUUUGGACAAGAAAAGCAUUGUUUUGGGAGCAAGCAGGGUGUUUAUGAAGCGUGGUGUCCUGAGGUCUUUAGAUCAGCAAAGAGAUCAGUUGUUGAGCAGCUGGCUGGUGCAGCUUCAAGCGUCCUGUCUGGGUCACCUGGGCCGCCAGAAAUACCGCCGCAUGAAGGUUCAGCAGAUGGCAGUGUGCUGUAUUCAAAGAAAUCUGCGAGUCCUCACCGCAGUGACCCGCUGGAGCUGGUGGAAGCUGCUGUGCAGAGUGCGCCCCCUGCUGGACAUCAACAUGGAUGACCAGCGGCUCAGAUCCAAAGAGGAUGAGAUCACCACUCUGAGGAGACGUCUGGAAAAGUCAGAGAAGGAACGAAACGAGCUGCGUCAGACUGCAGACAACCUGGAGACCAAGGUAACGGCUGUUGUAUCUGAAUUAAGUGAUGAGCGGUUCAGAGGGGAGGCCAUGAGUCAAGCUCUAGACAGUGAGCGCACGGAAAGACUGCGUCUCGCCAAAGAGAACAAGGAGCUGCAGAGUCGUGUAGACCAGAGUAAAGUGUCUUUGGAGGCCCUCGAGAGGCAGUUAGAGGAGGAAAAACAGAAAAUCAAGAAUAAAGAAGCUCUCAGCGGAGUGGCGACAGAAAGUGAGCUGCAGCUGCAGCUGGAAUGCGCGCAGACGGAGGUGGAGUUUCUGCGCAGGCGUCUGCGGCAGACAGAGGAAAGACUUGAGGGUGAGAAAGAAGCCCGUCAGCUGUUGGAUACAAAGGUUCAAGAACUGCAGUCUCAGCUUGAUCAAUCUAAACGCUCCGUGACAGAGCUAAAACGCCACUGCCGGAGGUUGACCUCCGACCUUCAGGAUGCCCGCGUGCUGACAGACAGCCUGCAGGGCCGCGCUCACGAGCUGGACAGGAAACAGAGGAGGUUUGACAGCGAGCUGACCCAGGCUCUGGAACAGGCUGAUAAUGAGAGGGAGCAGAAGGAGAGAGCCAUCCAGGAGAAUACCGCCCUCGGCGCAGAGAUCUAUACCCUUCGCAAGACGCUGAAGGAGAGUCAAGUGGAGGUCACGGACCUGCAACAGCAGAAGGAGGAGUUGUGCGCUCAGAUCCGUGACCUGAGUGUCCCUCUCCAUCUCACCUCUGACUCCAUCCCUGAACUGAAGAAGAAGCUCCGUGAGCUGGAGACCAGAGACAAGGAGCGCUCGGAGGAGAUCAGCCAGAUGAUGGCCAAAAUCAAACAGCAGGAGCAGAUGCACCUGCGCUUUGAGAUGGAGAUGGAGAGGAUGAAGCAGAUCCAUCAGAAAGAGCUGGAGGACAAAGACGAGGAACUGGAGGACGUGCAGAAGUCCUCACAGAGACGGCUCCGACAGCUGGAGAUGCAACUGGAACAGGAAUAUGAGGAGAAACAGAUGGUGGUUCAUGAGAAGCAUGACUUGGAGGGGCUGAUUGCCACACUGUGUGAACAGGUGGGCCACAGAGACUUUGACGUGGAGAAGAGGCUGAGGCGAGACCUGAAGCGCACACAUGCUCUGCUCAGUGAUGCCCAGCUGCUGCUGUCCACCGUUGAACAGCCCGGGCAGGGUCAUGACCCCGGUGCCAAGGAGCAGCUGGAGAGAUUGCGCUGCCAGCUGGAGGACAGUGAAGCCAGACGGUUGGAGGCUGAAAGUGUUCAGAAGACUCUUGCUGCAGAACUGGAGAACGCUCAGAUCGAACUGGAGAGCAUCUGCAAGCAGAAGAGCCUGGUGGAUGAGCAGCUGGCUCAGCUAUGCUACGAGAGGACGGACCUGAUGAAGAGGCUCGAAGAAGACCAGGAGGACCUCAACGAGCUCAUGCAGAAGCACAAAGCCCUCAUCGCUCAGUCUUCCAGUGAUAUCUCUCAGAUCCGAGAGCUUCAGGCUGAAAUGGAAGAACUGAAGAAACAGCGACAGACUCUACAGAAGGAGCUGCAGACCAGUGUAGCACGCGUGCAGUUCCUGGAGUCGUCCACGGUGGCCCGCAGCAUCGUAAGCAAGCAGGAAGCUCGUAUCUGUGAUCUAGAGAACAAAUUGGAGUUCCAGAGAGGACAGGUCAAGAGAUUUGAGGUCCUGGUUCUGCGUCUAAGGGACAGUGUGGUGCGGCUAGGUGAGGAGCUGGAGCAGGCGGCCCAGGCUGAGGCCAGAGAGAGGGAGAACUCCCGAUACUAUCAGCAGAGACUGGCGGAUAUGAGACUGGAAAUGGAUGACCUGAGUGUCAGAGAACAGGAUAGCAGCCGUCGACGCAUGGAGCUGGAAAUGCAAGUGGAAGAGCUUAGUGCAGUAAGACAGACCCUGCAAGCUGAUCUAGAGACAUCAAUCCGGCGUAUCGUUGAUCUACAAGCUGCGCUGGAGGAGGUGGAGUCUAGCGAUGAAAGUGAUACUGAAAGUGUGCAGACGGCUGUGGAGUCGUUCUCGAGAAGGAAAGAUCUCGAUACCAUGUCCAGUGUCGGAUCCAGUGUGGGCACCGAAGACGUUGGUGAAGGGAUCCGUCGUUGGGUGGGUGUGCCGCGAGGGGGCCGAGGAGGUGGAACUUCUCCUUACGCAGGAAGCAGCUCUGGCCGUCAAUCUGUCACCGACACCAUGAGCACCUACAGUUUCAGAUCUUGCACACAAGACCUGGACGAAGAUGUCAAAGAAAGUUCUGGAGGUCUUGGCAGAGCGUCAUCGUCCACGGCCCUAUCUGAGCUUCUGGAGGGUCUGAGGAAGAAACGCGCUGGGUGGGAAAGAGGCUCUGAGGCGGGCGAGGGCAGCACAGUGUCCCUUCCCAUCUAUCAGACGACAGGGGCCUCCACCCUACGCCGCAGGGCCUCAGGACUGUCACUAGAAGCAGAGGAAAAUCUGGAGGACCUUCCUCGACCCAGCAUACUGAAACCUCCCAGUCCCCACCUGCCCCGUGCCUCCAGUCUUCGCUCCCUGUCAGAGGCAAGCCCAACAUCCUCCACCACCACCACAACCACCACAGGAAAGAUAAACCGCUUCAGCUCCUGCGACUCCCUGGCCUCUGUGACCUCCACUGCAAGUUCACGCCGCCACUUGUCCAACCUCGCCAUCCCUGAGGAAGGGGAAGAAGACUCCAGCUCGAAAGCCAUGCCUCCUCUUGGCUCCUAUCAACCAAUCCGCCGUCGUCUACUUGGUGGCCUGGUGGCCGAAACCGGAGAGUCACAAUUAGGAGCAGAACCCCUUGUGUUCCAGAAUCGCAGACUACUUGGGAAUCAGGACAAGGAGAGGGCCGGGGUCGAUGAAGGGGAAACCAGCUUAGACAUUCUCCCAGCAAUCCGACGAGCGCAGUCCACCAGCAGUCUGGCGUCUAGCGGGUCCAGAACAGGUCAGAGACGGGCCCUCAGCGUGCACUUUGGGGAGUUGCCGCCGUCCAGAGCGUCACGUAGGGAGUCCGACUCAGACUCUUCAAGUUCUGGUGGAUCUCAGCAGCGCCGUGGGCCUCAAGGAGAGAGGCUGGAAGCCGAGGGCAGCGAGGAUGUCAACUCCGUGAUGAAGAAGUACCUCAAAAAAGCAGAGGUCGACUAGAAGACUCAACAAGGAUAGAUGGUGUGGAGAAUCACCCCUGUCCAGAAGGCAUUUAACUGGAAGCACAAAUACACUGAGGAUUUAUUUUGAGCACUGUUUGUACACAAAUAAAGAUGUUAAAGCGAACAUAUUUAAUUCCUAAAAUUCUCACUGUCAACAUACCCUUUAUUUGAGCCGUGCUGAUAACCCACAGGGGCUUCAGGUCAGGGAAAUGAAUCUUGACCAGUGAGCGCUCUAUUUCCCUCUCAGCAGUCAGUGCAAAUUUGUUGAACUCCAACAGAUGUAAAUAAAAACGUCAAGCAGAA